GGAGUGCAGCUGCAGGACGCUAGAAGCUUGGCCAGCCACCCCGUGGCCGCUGAGGCUCCCCUCUCCGCCGUGCUAGCCAGACCAGACCCGAGGUGCUUUCGGAAAAAAAAAAAAAAGAAAACCCACAAUUUUGAUGUGAGGAAGGACAUGAGGAGACUAAAGGCCUGGGCUUUUACUGAUCAGAAUGAAACCAAUGUUGAAAGACUUUUCAAAUCUCUUGCUGGUGAUGCUCUGUGACUACGUCCUUGGAGAAGCUGACCACCUCCUCUUGCGAGAGCCAGUCCAUGUUGCACUGAGCAACAGAACAGUGUCAGUGGGUUUCCACUAUCUUGAUGAUGUUAACGGGAAACUGAGGAACGUGUCUGUCAUGCUGUGGGAGGCCAACACCAAUCAGACUCUUACCACUAAGUACCUCCUGACCAACCAGUCCCGGGGGGCACUUCAGUUUGAAUGCUUCUACUUCAAGGAGGCUGGUGACUACUGGUUUGUCAUGAUUCCAGAAGUGACAGACAAUAGCACGAAAGUUCCCCGCUGGGAGAAAAGUGCCUUUCUCAAAGUAGAGUGGCCCGUCUUUCACAUCGAUUUGAAUAGGACCGCCAAGGCAGCAGAAGGCACCUUCCAAGUGGGUCUUUUUACCUCCCAGCCACUCUGCCUGUUUCCUGUGGACAAGCCGGACAUGCUGGUGGACGUUAUUUUCACUGACCGCCUUCCUGAGGCAAGGACAAGUUUGGGACAGCCGCUGGAGAUCAGAGCCAGCAAAAGGACAAAACUCACUCAAGCCCAGUGGGUUGAGUUUGGCUGUGCACCCAUAGGGGUGGACGCUUACGUCACGGUGGUGCUGAGGUUGCUGGGCCGAGACGCAGUCAUUGCUACUACGGGACCUAUUGACCUGGCCCAAAAAUUCGGAUACAAAUUGAUGAUGGUGCCAGAAGUCACAUGUGAAUCUGUGGUGGAGGUGAUGGUACUGCCACCUCCUUGUGUCUUUGUCCAAGGAAUGCUUGCUGUUUACAAAGAGGCCCCCAGACACCCGGAGGAGAGGACUUUCCAACUGGCCGAGAACAGCCUGCCCCUGGGAGAGAGGAGGACAGUGUUUAACUGCACUUUGUUUGAUGUGGGCAAGAACAAAUACUGCUUUAACUUUGGGAUUUUGAGGAAAAGCCAUUUUUCUGCAAAGGAGUGCAUGCUAAUUCAGAGAAAUAUAGAAACUUGGGGACCAUGGCAGCCGUGGAGUCAGUGUAGUACCACGUGCGGGGAUGCUGUCCGAGAGCGUCGCCGUGUGUGUCUCACUUCUUUCCCCUCCAGCCCCAGCUGUUCUGGAAUGUCCUCCGAGACCUCUUUGUGCUCCCUGGAGGAGUGUGCUGUUUUCCGGCCACCAGGCCCAUCACCCAUUCCACCCCAGGAUCCGGCGAAGUCCAACAAUGUCGUGACCGUCACAGGAAUAUCCCUGUGUUUGUUCAUUGUCAUUGUAACGGUCCUCAUCACUCUCUGGAGGCGGUUUGGCCGGGCCCCCAAAUGCAGCACCCCUGCUCGGCACAAUUCCAUCCAUUCCCCUGGCUUCCGGAAGAACUCGGAUGAGGAGAACAUCUGCGAGCUGAGCGAGCCUCGAGGAAGCUUCUCGGAUGCGGGUGACGGACCCAGGGGAAGCCCAGGGGACUCAGGCAUCCCAUUGACUUACAGGUGCAGUGCACCAGCGUCUCCCGAGGAUGAGGCCUCCGGCAGCGAGAGCUUCCAGUCCAACGCUCAGAAAAUUAUCCCGCCCCUGUUUAGCUACCGCCUUGCCCAGCAGCAGUUGAAGGAGAUGAAGAAGAAAGGGCUGACAGAGACCACCAAAGUGUACCACGUGUCUCAGAAUCCCCUGACAGACACUGUAGUGGAUGCCGCUGCCAGCCCUCCCUUAGACCUGGAAUGCCCCGAAGAGGCCGCAGCAAGCAAGUUCCGAAUUAAGUCUCCAUUUCUGGACCAGCCUGUGGCAAGUACAGGGGAGAGGCCCCCCUCCAGACUGGAUUGCCUCGUGCCUCCGCCCAGCUGUGCAGUCAGUCCCAGCCAGACCCUGAUCCGCAAGUCCCAGUUGAGGUCCACUGGUGGGCGAGAUGGCUCAUCCGAGAGGUGCCACUCCAGAAGUUCCCUCUUCAGGAGGACUGCUAGUUUUCACGAAACCAAGCAGUCCCGCCCUUUCCGGGAGAGGAGUUUGUCAGCCCUCACUCCCCGCCAGGCCCCGGCCUACAGUUCCAGGAUGAGGACCUGGGACCAGCUGGAGGAUAGGUGUAGGCCUCCCAGUCGAAGCGCCUACGUGCUUCCAGAGAGACCCGAACACUUCCAAGGGGCAGGUCGGACCAGUAGUCCUUUGGGCCCUCUUUCUAAAUCCUACGCCGUGGGGCACCCUAGGAGGAAACCGGACCUGGGGGAUCGCCAGACAGGAUUGGUGGCAGGAGCUGAGAGAAUGGAACCUCACCGAGCUCACAGGGGACCGUCCCCCAGUCACAGGAGUGUUUCCAGAAAGCAGUCCUCCCCCAUCUUCCUCAAAGAUAGCUACCAGAAAGUCAGUCAGCUUAGUCCUUCUCACUGCAGAAAAGAUAAGUGCCAGAGCUACCCCAUCCACCCAGAAUUCGCCUUCUAUGACAACACUUCCUUCCGUCUCACUGAGGCUGAGCAGAGAAUGCUGGACCUCCCGGGAUAUUUCGGCUCCAACGAAGAGGAUGAAACCACAAGUACACUUAGUGUGGAGAAGUUGGUGAUCUAGGCUAAGAAUUGGCAGGAUUCAUCCAGGGUCCGUUACCAGCUGCCAAGAUCCACUGCACACAUAGUUUCUGUCAACUAUGUUGUGUAACUGUGGGAAUUAGUUCACCCAGAGUGUGUGUGUGUGUGUGUGUGUUUGUGUGUGUAAUUAAUCAGGAAGAAGGUAUUUAUCCUUAACUUUUCUUUUUUUGUUAUCCCUUUUCUAUUGGCUUAUUGCCACUAAUAAAAUUUCAAGAAGGCAAAUAUGUAAGAUGCAUUUUGAACACUGUACUGGGAUGUUCCUAAUUUAGGAAUGUGGGGGCUUUUCCCAAAGGGGAGGAGGCCUCCCGCUGCUUGCUGUGUGUGUGAGCGCGCACAAGCCCAGAACUAUUACAGGGGUGAGCUUGCAACUUGUUUUGCUGUGAAGUGAGAACUAAACAAAAAGCCUAAAAAUGGGGCUGCUUCUUUUGAAGUUUGUUACCAAGGUACCAAGUGGCACAAUUCCCUCCAGCCCAGUGGCCGAAUGACCAGCUAGCGAAUACAUAAAUAGCCCCGGUUUUAUUCGUUUCCAUGGUGAUCUCCAUGCGGCCACACCCAUCCUGCCUUUGGAUGGCUUUCCUUCCUUUGGAGUUGAUCAGGAUGUCAGCCAGCCCCGGAGGUUUCAGAUAGGGAGAAAUCACAAAUGUAAACACGGGGGGUUCAAAAGUUAAUAUUUGUUGAAGUAUCACUCAUGACUUUUUUUUUUUUUUAAUUAAAAUGUGCUUCCUUUGGAACUGAUUUGGUGAUGACUGUCUGCUUUUCAGAAACAGGAGGGGGUAGACUGUCCAGAGCUCUCUGACAACUGCUGUGCACGGAUGAAGGAAGGGCCAGGCUUCUUGUUCUCCACUUUCUUUGUUUAUUACAGCAGAACGCUUUGUUCUUUAUCCAAGUGCGCAGGCCUGUGUGCCGACCUUUGACACAGAGGGCGCCAUGUUUGCUUGUUUCCAGAUUUCCCAGUAAAUUAUCCAG